AAUUGCGAAUACCAGAAACGCCAAGCAAUAGAUGCCUUCAACAUUUUCUCAACAAUAAAGCCAUUUUUAAUGCAAGUAUGACAAAUGACAGAACAAAACCAUCUUUAAGUCUUCUAUCAGCUAAUUCCUGUGAAAGGCAAGAAUCCGGAUCUAUUUAGGAGCAUUUCCAUCUCUAGGACUUACCACAUAAAGACCAACACUUGAAUGCAAAUUACGUAGUUAAAGGCUGUAUUUCUGUGAUAGCUCACUAUUCAACAAGCUGAUUUAAACAUGAGUCUCAACUAUGUGACACUUGCAACAGGCCAGAAAAUGCCAUUAGUUGGAUUGGGAACAUGGAAGAGUUCACCUGGCCAGGUGAAAACUGCGGUGAAUUAUGCCCUUGAAAUAGGAUACCAUCACAUUGACUGUGCUGCUGCUUAUGGCAAUGAGCAUGAAAUUGGAGAAGCGCUCUUUGAGAAAAUUCAAAACAGUAAGUCCAUCAAUCGGGAAGAUAUUUUCAUUACAUCCAAACUUUGGAACACCAAGCAUCACCCAGAUGAUGUGGAACCUGCGUGUCGUAAAACGUUGGCAGACCUGCAGCUGGACUGCCUGGAUUUGUAUUUGAUGCACUGGCCAAUGGCAUUUGAACGGGGCAACCUUAUGAUUCCAAAGAAUGAUGAUGGUACAGUGCGUUAUGCCAAUACUGAUUACAAGGACACCUGGAAGGCCAUGGAAAAACUACUAGAAAAGGGUUUGGUCAAGGAGCUUGGCUUAUCCAACUUCAAUGCAAGGCAAAUAGAUGAUCUAUUAUCAAUUGCAACCUACAGACCAGUUGUUAAUCAGAUAGAAUGUCACCCUUAUCUUAUCCAAAAUAGGCUUGUAGAUCACUGCACAAAACGAAAAAUCAUAGUUACAGCAUACAGUCCUCUUGGAUCAGCUGACCGUCCCUGGGCCAAACCUGGUGAGCCAAAACUGUUGGAAGAUCAAAGAAUACUGGAAAUAGCGAAGAAAUAUGGAAAAUCUCCAGCGCAAGUUAUUAUACGAUGGCAAUUACAAAGAGGAAUAGUGUGCAUUCCUAAGAGUGCCACACCAUCAAGGAUUAAAGAAAAUAUUGAGGUGUUUGACUUCAUCUUGUCUAAAGAGGAUAUGAAACAGAUUGAUUCAUUUGACUGCAAUGGAAGAUUGAUAGUCCCAGCUAUUGAAAGGGAUGGAGUGAGAGUGUGGAGAGAUUCAAGUCAUCCAUACUUCCCUUUUAACGAUCCUUAUUGAAAGUCAAUCUACAACUUCAAAAACAUUCCUGUCAUAUUGUGGAAAUUAUCUCCCUUUUAAAAACACCAAUUCUGUUUUUAAAUUCAUAUAAUACAAACUGAGAACAUAAUUGUAAUAUUAAAAACACAGGUAAAUAAUCAAUACGUUCACAGGUUGGGUAAUAAAAAUAGAAAUUGACAAUCACAUUUUUUGUCACUGAUAUGUGAAAUUUGUUGCUCUGUGGCAACAGUACGGUGCAAAGAUAUAAAAUUACUAUACUUCACAAAAUAAACAGUGCAAAAAAAACAAGGUUGUGUUGAUGGGCUAUUCGGCAACCCGAUGGUGGAGGGAAUGGAGCUGCUCCAAAUUUGUUGAGUGUGGGUCUUCAAGAUCCCGUAUCUUCUCCCUGAAGGUAGGAACAAAAAGAGGGCAUAUACUAGAUGAAGGUCCUUAAUGAUGGAUGCUGUCUUCAAUACACGGUGCAUCAAGAUGAUGUCAUUGCUAGUGGGAAGGGAUGGAGCUGGCUCUGUCAAUAACCAUCUGCAGCCUCUUACGCUUUUAUCAACUGGAGACUUCAUACCGGGCUGUGCUAC